CGUCCGCUGUUCCUGUUGACAGCAGAGCGCUUCCGGUCGAGCUGUGCACCGCCGUGUUUUGGUGAAUAUCUGCUCACCGGUGGUUUCUGCGUCUGCUAAUGAUCACCGACUGACGGAGAGUAUCGAUAACCCCUCCUGCGGCGCGCGCUCGCGGUGAGCUGAUCGACCAGCGCGAAUGAUCUUCGGUUAUUGAUGAGUUAUUGAUCAGCAGGAGGAUGAGGAGAGUCACGCGCACGAGCAGGAGAGAAACACGUGACCGCAGCACCGGCAGGUCGAGCAGCAGCUUCUGUCGGCUGUGUCACGGUAAGUUCUCGCGGCGGCGUCUGCGGCAGGCGUUCGCGCAGCUGCAGGGUGAGGCGUGCGGUGGGGUGUACCCGCUCUUCUGCGCAGACUUCCAGCAGCUGCUCGGCAUCCGCAUGGAGCGAGACCCCGCCCUCUCCCAGUUCAUCUGCACCGGCUGCCACGCCCAGUUCUACCGCUGCCACAGCAUCCUGCUGCAGUUCCGGAGCCGAGUCAACCUGACGCCACCGACCGCCCACAGGAGCGGCGCUGACCACUCGUCCUCACAGGAGGACAUCAGCCUCUUCCGCUCUCAGAUGCCGUGGGACCGCCGCUGUCUGCUCGGCCUGGUGUCCUGGGCUCACGGUCACGCUGAAGGCUGCAGCUCCUGCCCCGGCCUGCAGGAGGUGCUGGAGGGUCCGUGCGGCGGCGCUCUGAGGGCGGUGUGGGGCUGCGGGGACGGACACAGCUACGUGAUGGACACCGGCGGCGCUGCGUCCACACAUGACACCGAUGAACACGGAAGAAACACACACCAGCAGGGGGCAGCGCUGAGCGGCAGCGACCCACUGAGAUCAGCUGACCCUGCAGACCCACAGAAUCACAGCGACACACACGACGCACAGUGCAGUGAGCAGACAGACGCUUCAGAAACACCAGCGCCGGCGGAGGAUGCAGACAGUGAGCUCUCAGACAGGAACAUGCUGAGUGAUGAGGAGUGUGAAGAGCAGAGGAAGAGCGGCUCAUCUGAAGACUCUGAUCCCCACACUGACAAACGCUCCUCCAAGAGGAAAGAGACGAAGACUCCAGAACCCAAAACCAGGAGGAAACCUGGACCCAAACCCGGCUGGAAGAACAGCAGCAAGUCUGAGCGAGAGGAGCUGCCCACCAUCUACAAGUGCCCUCAUCAGGGCUGUACAGCAGUGUACAGAGGAGCCGAUGGCAUGAAGAAGCACAUUAAGGAGCACCAUGAGGAGGUGCGCGAGCGGCCCUGCCCUCACCCCGGCUGCAACAAGGUGUUCAUGAUCGACAGAUACCUGCAGAGACACGUCAAGCUCAUACACACAGAGGUCAGGAACUACAUCUGUGAUCAGUGCGGACAGACCUUCAAGCAGAGGAAACACCUGUCAGUGCAUCAGAUGAGGCACUCUGGAGCCAAACCACUGCAGUGUGAGGUGUGUGGGUUCCAGUGUCGUCAGCGAGCGUCUCUGAAGUAUCACAUGACCAAGCACAAGGCGGAGGCGGAUCUGGAGUUCGCGUGUGUGAUCUGCAGGAAACGCUUCGAGAAGGCGCACAACCUCAACGUACACAUGUCCAUGGUGCACCCGCUGAUGCAGAGCGCCGGCGGUGCAACCGUCCCUGCGGACCCGCCGCUCACACACACCUGACACACACACACACACACACACACACACCAGUCUGAUGCACAGCUCAGGGGAAUCCACCAUUUAUUAAACACACACACACACACACACACACACACACACACACAUGUGAGGAAUCAGCCAAUCACAGCAGGCGUGGACAUUGUGAAUUUAAACAUGUAUGUACAGGAUGGAGUGUGUGACGGCGGGAACUGCUUUACUCUGAGAGUGUGUGUGUGUGUGUGUGUGUGUGUGUGUGUGAGAUCAGACUGAACUGCUGUAACCUGAGGGGGAGGGGCUCUGUGUGAUCAUGUGUCUCUGUCCUGUGCUCUGAUUGGUCAGGUGUGUUCAUGUUUGUGUGAGUGCGCUGGUGCUGGUGUGUUUCCCGCUGAACGCCGCUGCCAUCUCUGCGUCCAGCUGCUCCAACUCAGACUGCAGCUGCAGACACACACACACACACACACACACACACACACACACACACACACCAGCGUCUGGAUACUGCACUGAUCAGCAGGCUGUUACGGUCACAUGACCCUGAGUGUUUUAACGUGUCCAAUAAACUGUGAAUGACUGA